AUGUCUCAAUUAUCAAAUUGCGCUUGUUAUGCUUUGUUCUUUAUGACUUCUUUGUUCAAGUCAAUGUUUUUCACUUCAACAGAGACGAAUUUUCAGAGCAAAGCACGCAAUCAUCAAAAUGAACAACUAUCAUUAAAAAUUCAGAAGUGCUCAUUUCAACCAGAAACAACAGAGGAAAAAAGUUCUCUUACUCCUUUCGUGUUUUCUUUCACAGCAAAUAAAACUUUGCUUUCCCACAGAAUCAUUCAAACUGUAAUGAAAUGUUUUCCCUCUUGUUUUCACAGCCUUCCCCUGACUCAACAUAUAUUCAAACAUAUUUCAUCAUGGUUCUAUUUACAUUUAUCUAGUAGUCUCUCGUUGUUCUUCUUUCAUUGUCAUUCUUUCGCAAUGCCUCAAGUGAACAUGACGCUUCAUAUGACUGAUAGAUUAAAACUAAACUGCCCUUUACAUAAAACUGGGAUUUUGUGCCACUUCUCCUUUUUAUUUUUAUUACAAUGGGAUUUAUGA